GAGAGAGAGGCGCGGAAUGAGAAAGAUGAUGGUUAGGAGUUAGGAGUUUCACGAGAUGACCAACGACAGCUCGCUGAUUCAGAGCACAGCUGGUAUUGAGUGUGAAGAGGAUGCAGGCGACCUCCGAGUGGACUGACAGGCAGUGACAGAGUGGAACAUGUGGGGGAUUUAAUGUUCUGGAGGAUGUCAUCGUUUCAACUCAACAAAUAUUACCUGAGAACUACAAGGUGGGCGAUCAGGGGGAGCAUCUGAGCAUCAUCUUUCAUCCUUAUAUUUCAUCAUCAGUUUGGUAUCAUCGCCACAUCAUUCGGUGCAAAACACUUUCCAUCUCUUAUUCCAAUGCAAGAGGCUCAACUCUGGCUAAAAGAAGUGGAUUACAAACUGAAAGGACAUCCAGCCUGAAAUCCUGCCAAGGUGUUUGAAUCAUGUAGUCCACUGAGAGCAUGGAGCCCCAGAAAACCCACACUCAGAGCAGCUUCUUCAGCAAGGUGGAUGUGCCUGACCAGGUUCACUAUGUUGUUGCUCUGUUCGUCUUCGUCAUCGGAGUGCUGGGCAUCACUGGGAAUGUCCUGGUCAUGUUUGCUUUCUACAGCAAUAAGAAGCUGCGUAAACUUCCCAAUUACUUCAUUAUGAACUUGGCAGUGAGUGACUUUCUCAUGGCAUUCACCCAGUCUCCAAUCUUCUUUAUCAAUUGCCUCUACAAGGAAUGGAUGUUUGGAGCAACGGGGUGUAAGAUAUAUGCAUUCUGUGGUGCCCUGUUUGGUAUUUCAUCCAUGAUAAACCUAUUGGCCAUCUCGAUCGAACGAUACCUGGUGAUCACCCGGCCCCUGCAGACCAUGCACCGGAGCUCCAAACGAAGGACAAUGUUUGCCAUCCUUCUUGUCUGGCUUUAUUCUUUGGCUUGGAGUUUGGCUCCUCUUGUUGGCUGGAGCUCCUAUAUCCCUGAGGGCCUGAUGACAUCUUGCACAUGGGAUUAUGUAACAUACUCAGCAGCUAACAGGAGCUACACAAUGAUGCUAUGCUUCUUCGUCUUCUUCAUUCCCCUGGGAAUUAUCUUAUUCUGCUACCUACAAAUGUUCUUGUAUAUUAGACAAACUAGCAGGGAGUUAGAACAUCUGGGGCCUAAAGUGAGGAAAAGCACUCUAAUCCAACAGAAGUCUAUCAGGAGUGAGUGGAAACUGGCAAAGAUCGCCUUUAUUGUCAUCAUCGUUUACGUCCUCUCUUGGUCACCAUAUGCCUGUGUUACGCUCAUUUCCUGGGCUGGCUACGCCAAUAUUUUGUCCCCAUACUCCAAGUCUGUACCUGCAGUCAUAGCAAAAGCCUCUACCAUCUACAAUCCCAUCAUCUAUGCUAUGAUACACAACAAAUACAGGAUGACCCUGGCAGAUAAAGUUCCCUGUCUUUGGUUUCUGUCUCCUGCUCCCCGAAAAGAAUGCCACUCCUACUCCAUCAGUGACUCUUCAUUCAGGGAUUCCUACAUCAGCAGACAGUCCACAGUUUCAAGCACUCACUUAAUCGGUGCCUCAACCAAUCGCUUUGACAUGGUAUUGAAAGAUGUGGAGCUGGAACAUUUGGGUGGAAAAACGGGAUAUUCUUUCAAAAGCAUACCAUCUUACCGCCAGUCUUACAGAGGAGGGUCCUGCAAAAGGCAGAUUGAGCAGAAGGCAAUCAAAACUCACCCACCAGAGAAGCAUCCAUCUGCCAUGAAUGACCCGUUGGACAGCCAUGACCAUGAGUUGGUUUCCAACUCCAUGACAAUUGCCUCUCUGCCAUUGCUUGUUAUCACCCGGAGGCGCAGCGAGAGUCUAACCAGUGACAUUUCAGACGCACAAGACAGGAAAAGCAAAAUCAGAGACAGACUGAACAGUCACAAGAGCAACUCCUUUGAUUCCCUGAAUUUAGGAAAAGCACCACACACUGACCCCAAGUCGCCUCAGACUGUCCCACGCAUCAUUGUCAUCAGCCCGACCACAGAGAGCGGCAUCAUCAACCCUGACAGUGUUCACUUAGAAGACAGCUUCGAGGCUUUGGAAAGCAAUUUUUUCUUCAGCCUAAACUUCUCAUCUGAAGUUUUYGAGGCAGUGGAACUACUCUCUUGACCAACUAGAAGCGUGCUCAUUUAAUUAAAGUUUGGAACACAAGACACUCAAAUAAACAGAGAUGUUGCCUACUCAUCAUAUUUUCAGCUUGUUUGUUGCUUCGGACACUGGUGUGGAACAGACAAGUAAAGUAAAACAAACGUUUCUGGAAUAAAAUUUACAUUAUUUGUCAGACUUUGUCAAAGACACUGGCACUCUGAGGGAUAUCAUGUAUACUUGUGUUAAGUCCUGCAGAAAUCUCAGCUUCGUGAACAUGGGAUCAAGUGAAAGUUUAUCAGUUUGAUCGAUGAUUGAGUUGAAAUAACUGAACUUUAGUUCAUUUUUUUUUCCACAGCAUGGACUCUUUUCUUCCAGAGACAGGAGAGAAAAUGUUUUCAUCUUUCCUGCCCAGUUUUUAUCUUUAAAAAACAAUAAAGAUGAUUUAAAUCCAACACGUCAAGAAGAAAAGCUACCAAAUAACUGUAUGUUUGUCCCCUUUAAGGAAUAAAAAGCUAUGACAUAAUAUAAGGUGAGAUAAGUGAAGAUAUUUCCCUUUUUAUAGUAGUUUUUUUUGGACAACACAAAUCUUUUUUAAUUAUUUAAAAUUAGGCUGAUUAUUGUAUUCAAAUAUUAAAGAAGCUUGUAUAAUGUA